AUGAGAACAAAGGUUAAUAAUAAAGCAGAAGAACCAAUAAAAUAUCUUAACGGGGAAAAUCGAUUGGUAACGGAAGAUGAAUCCAUGCGACAAGAAAAUGCAUGCAAUCCCAUGCAACAACAACCUCCACCAUUGCAUCAACAACUUCCACAUUUUCAGCCACAACUUUCACAUUUCCUGCAACAACCGACACUAUUGCAACAGCAACAACCUUCACCAUUGCACCAACAACCUUCACCAUUGCACCAACAACCUUCACCAUUGCACCAACAACUUUCACUUUUUCAGCAACAGCCUGCGUCAUUUCAGCUACAACUUUCACCAUUUCAGCAAAAACCUCCACAAUUACAGCAGCAACCUUCAACAUUGCAGCAACAAUCUUUUCCAUUGAAACAUCAACUUUCUCCACUGCAGCAACAGUUUUCAUGUUUUCAGCAACAGCCUUCACUACUGCAGCAACAACCUUCAACAUUGCAGCAACAACCUUCAACAUUGCAGCAACAACCUCUACCAAUGCAGCAACAACUUUUACGUUUUCAGCAAAAACCUCCAUCAUUGCAGCAACAACCUUCACUAUUGCAGCAACAACCUACACCAUUGCAUCAACAACCUUCACUAUUGCAGCAACAAUCUUCACUAUUGCAGCAACAAUCUUCACUAUUGCAGCAACAACCUUCAACAUUGCAGCAACAACCUACACCAUUGCAGCAACAACCUUCACUAUUGCAGCAACAACCUUCACUAUUGCAGCAACAACCUACACAAUUGCAGCAACAAGUUCCACUUUUAAAGCAAAAUCCUUCACCAUUGCAGCAACAACCUCCAUCAUUGCGCCAACAACCUCCAUCAUUGCAGCAACAACCUCCAUCAUUGCGCCAACAACCUCCAUCAUUGCAGCAACAACUUCCAUCAUUGCAGCAACAACCUUCAUCAUUGCAGCAAGAAGAUCUACUUUUUAAGCAAGAACCUUCACCAUUGCAGCAACAACCUCCACCAUUGCAGCAACAGUUUUCUCCGUUUCAGCAGCAACAAUUGUCACCAUUGCAAAAACAGUUUUCACCAUUUCAGCAACAACUAUCACCCUCCCAGCCACAACAACUUUUACAUUUCCAGCAACAACUACCACCCUUUCAGAGACAAUUUUCAUUUCAGCAACAACAAUUUCCACAUUUCCAACAACAACUUUUACCAUUGCAACAACAACUGUCACCAUUGCAACAACAACUUCCAUCAAUGAAGCAACAACUUCCAUCAAUGAAGCAACAACCUCCAUCAAUGAAGCAACAACCUCCCUCAUUGCGCCAACAACCUCCAUCAUUGCCCGAACAACCUCCAUCAUUGCAGCAACAACCUUCAUCAUUGCAGCAACAACCUUCAUCAUUGCAGCAAGAAGAUCUACUUUUUAAGCAAGAACCUUCACCAUUGCAGCAGCAACCUUCAUCAUUGCAGCAACAACCUUUAUCAUUGCAGCAACAACCUCUACCAAUGCAGCAACAAACUACAUCAUUGCAGCAACAACCUUUACCAUUUCAGCAACAACUAUCACCCUCCCAGCCACAACAACUUCUACAUUUUCAGCAACAACUUCCACCAUUUCAGAGACAAUUUCCAUUUCAGCAACAACAAUUUCCACAUUUCCAACAACAACUUUUACCAUUGCAGCAACAACAUCCACCUACGCAGCAACAAUUUCAACCAUUGCAGCAACAACUUUCACCAUUGCAGCAGCAACAACUUUCACCAAUGCCGAAACAACUUCCACCAUUGCAAAAACAAUUUCCACCAUUGCAAAAACAAUUUCCACCAUUUCAGCAACAAUUUCCACCAUUCCAGCAACAAUUUCCACCAUUGCAGCAACAAUUUCCACCAUUGCAGCAACAAUUUCAACCAUUCCAGCAACAAUUUCUACCAUUCCAGCAACAAUUUCCACCAUUCCAGCAACAACCUCCACCAUUCCAGCAACAACCUCCACCAUUCCAGCAACAAUUUCCACCAUUCCAGCAACAACUUCCAUCAUUCCAACAGCAACUUCCACAGGAUUUACCGGUAUCUAUUUCGAAUAAACGCAAAAGAGUACAACCAAGGAGAAGAAGACGACAACUCAGAACCGUCGAAAGCUAUCGGAUGGUUUACAAUGCUCAUCAGAGGGAAAUUUUAGAGAGGGAGUAUCGCAUGAAGGUCUUCAUUGAUCGAAAGGAUAGGGAUCGGAUUGCUGAUGAAACCGGAUUAGACAUCAGCCAAAUUAAAUACUGGUAUCAGAACAGAAGAGCCAAAGAAAAGAAAGAUAGAAGAAAAAGAGAACAAUUAGGAAACUAA